CACAGUGCCUGGGAGGGUUCAGCGAGGAGCGGCGCGCUUCUCAGGGACAUGAAACGGGCGAGCGGGAGGCCGCAGGGCGAUCGGCCUGAGGAUUGACCGACCACUGAGCAGUGCACGGCUCCUUCUGCACUUUGAACAAAAUCAAGAGAGCGCAGAGUGAGCAGAGGGGCGUUCCAAGACUGACGGGAGGGGAAGAGGCGGGACAGAAGCCAGAUGAAUUGCAAGGCAAUUGAAUUAUUCAGAUCCCUGCAUCACAUCAUCUGGGACAUGUGAGAAAAGAGACAUUUCCAAAUGAAACAGAAUCUGAAAAGCACGAGGAAAACCACAUAAAGAACAGGAGGAAAUAAUUAGAGUGCUGGCAACCAUAAACCUUCAUUCUGGGAGUUCAGAAAAGAGAAAGGAGAAAGGGUCUAGGGUGUCACAACAUAGCAAACAAUUGAGGAAAACUGAAUCCAAUUUGUAGAAACUACAAAGUGAAAAGAGCACAAUGUGAAAAGAGCAUUGCUGCAGGUACGAGGGACUCUCCCCUUCAAAGAACCCACAAUGUGCAGAACCCAGAUGAACACACAUCCUAUGGAAAGAGCCUCAGAGAGGGAGACGUUUUAGUGAGCCAGAGGGAUCCAAAAAUUGAGGAAGCCAUAUAAAAUCAUGGAAUGCAGGCAGAGCAGAAGUGCUGGUGGAAGGACUACAAAAGAUGGAACAGACCAGACGGGAGAACGACCACAUAAAUGUAUAAAACAUGGUAAGAACUUCAGUGAGCUGGAAAAACUUUCUAGUCGUCAAAAAAAGUAUAAAGGAAUGAAACCAAAUAAAUGCAUAGAUUGUGGAAAGAGUUUCCAUGAAAGUAGAAAGUGUCAAAGAACACACACUAGAAAGGGACUAUAUAAAUGCAUGGAAUGUGGGAAGACUUUCAAACGGAGUGGACAUCUUACUGAACAUCAAAGAAUACACACUGGGGAGAAGCCAUACACAUGCCCAGAAUGUGGGAAGAGCUUCAUUGACAGUGGAAAACUUACUAAGCAUCAAAGAAUCCACACAGGGGAGAAGCCAUAUUCAUGCACAGAAUGUGGAAAGAGCUUCAUUGACAGUGGAAAACUUACUAAUCAUCAAAGAACCCACACAGGGGAGAAGCCAUACUCAUGCACAGAAUGUGGAAAGAGCUUCUGUCAGAGUGCACAUCUUACUGAGCAUCAAAGAACCCACACUAGAGAGAGGCCAUAUCUAUGCACAGAAUGUGGAAAGAGCUUUAGUCGGAGUGGACAUCUUACUAGGCAUCGAAGAACACACACUGGGGAGAAGCCAUACACAUGCAUGGAAUGUGGAAAGAGUUUCAGUCAAAAUGAAGUCCUUACCCUACAUCAAAGAACCCACACUGGGGAGAAGCCAUAUGUAUGCAUGGAGUGCGGAAAGAGCUUCAUUUCAAGUGGACGUCUUACUAGGCAUCAAAGAAUCCACACUGGAGAGAAGCCGUACACAUGUGUGGAAUGUGGAAAGAGCUUCAGUCACAGUGAAAUGCUUACUAUUCAUCAAAGAACCCACUCUGGGGAGAAGCCCUACACAUGUAUCAAAUGUGGGAAGAGCUUCAAUCAAAAUGAAGGUCUUACUAAACAUCAAAGAACCCACACUGGGGAAAAGCUGUACAAAUGUACAGAAUGUAAGAGCAGCUUCACUCAGAAAGAAAUACUUAUUAACCACCAAAGAACCCACAAAGGGGACAAGCCAGACACAUGCAUGGAACUCGGAACUGGGCGCCUGGAGCUGCAGGGCUUGCUCUUCCUCGAGGUGGAUGGGGCGGUGCUGAGGGAGCUGCGAUGGCCUCUGUGCCUCCUCCGCAGCACUGCUGCCCAGCACCUCCGUGCCCUUCGCUCCGCGUAUUCAGCGCUGCUGACAAGAGUGAUCCGAAAACUGAGGAAGCCAUAUGGAAUGCUGGAGUGUAGGCAGAGCUUAGGUGCUGGUGGAAGGCUUACAAAAGAGGGAAGAGUCCAGGUUAGAGAGGAGCUAUGUAAUUUCAUGGGAUAUGGUAAGAGCUUCAGUGAUCCAGAAAAUCCUUCUGGACAUCAAAAAAUGCAUGAAGGGGACAUCCCAAAUAAAGGCAUGGAAUACAGAAAGAGAUUCAGUCAGAGGGGACAUCUGACAAGGCAGCGAAGAACACACACUGGGGAGAAGCCCUAUACAUGUGUAGAAUGUGGAAAGAGCUUCAGUCAGAAUUGGAAUCUUACUCAGCAUCGAAGAACCCACACUGGGGAGAAGCCAUACAUAUGCAUGGAAUGUGGAAAGAGCUUCAGUUACAGCGAAAGUCUUAGAGGCCAUCAAAGAACCCACACUGGGGAGAAGCCAUACACUUGCAUGGAAUGCGGAAAGAGCUUCAGUCAGGAUCAGAAUCUUACUCGGCAUCAAAGAACCCACACUGGGGAGAAGCCAUUCACAUGCAUGGAAUGUGGAAAGAGCUUCAGUUACAGCGCAGGUCUUAGGGGCCAUCAAAGAACGCACACUGGAGAGAAGCCAUACACAUGUAUGGAAUGUGGGGAGAGUUUCACUGUGAAUGGAAGUCUUAUUCAGCAUCAAAGAACCCACACUGGGGAAAAGCCAUACAAAUGCAUGGAAUGUGGAAAGUGCUUCAAUCAGAGUGGAAAUCUUACUCAGCAUCAAAGAACCCACACUGGGGAGAAGCCAUACACAUGCAUGGAAUGUGGAAAGAGCUUCAGUGAUGGUGGAAGUCUUAAAAUACAUAAAAGAAUCCACACUGGGGAGAAGCCAUACACAUGCAUUGAAUGUGGAAAGAGUUUCACUCGGAAGGGAACUCUUACUCCGCAUCAAAGAACCCAUACUAGGGAGAGGCCAUACACCUGCAUGGAAUGCGGAAAGUGCUUCAAUCAGAAGGGAACUCUUACUCAGCAUCAAAGAACCCACACUGGGGGAAAGCCAUACAAAUGCAUGGAAUGUGGAAAGUGCUUCAAUCAGAGUGGAAAUCUUAUUCAGCAUCAAAGAACCCACACUGGGGAGAGGCCAUACACAUGCAUGGAAUGUGGAAAGUGCUUCACUGUGAAUGGAAGUCUUACUCAGCAUCAAAGAACCCACACUGGGGAGAAGCCAUACAGAUGCAUGGAAUGUGGAAAGAACUUCAGUCAGGCAGGAAACUUUAAUGAACAUCAAAGAACCCACACUGGGGAGAGGCCAUACAGAUGCAUGGAAUGUGGAAAAUGCUUCAAUCAGAGUGGAAAUCUUACUCAGCAUCAAAGAACACACACUGGGGAGAAGCCAUACACAUGCAUGGAAUGUGGAAAGAGCUUCAGUGACAGUGGAACUCUUACAGUCCACCAAAGAACACACACUGGGGAAAAGCCAUACAGAUGCAUGGAAUGUGGAAAGAGCUUCAGUCAGGCAGGAAAAUUUAAUGAACAUCAAAGAACCCACACUGGGGAGAGGCCAUACAGAUGCAUGGAAUGUGGAAAAUGCUUCAAUCAGAGUACACAUCUUUCUCAGCAUCAACGAAUUCACACUGGGGAGAAGCCAUACACAUGCAUGGAAUGUGGAAAGCGCUUUAGUUACAGCGGGAGUCUCAUUCAGCAUCAAAGAACCCACACUGGAGAAAAGCCAUUCAAAUGCACGGAAUGUGGCAAGUGCUUCAGUCAUAGUGGAAAUCUUACUCAGCAUCAAAGAACCCACACUGGGGAGAAGCCAUACACAUGCAUGGAAUGUGGAAAGAGCUUCAGAAAUGGUGGAAGUCUUAAAAAACAUAAAAGAAUCCACACUGGACAGAAGCUAUACACAUCCAUGGAAUGUGGAAAGAACUUCAGUCAGAGUCAACAGUUAGGUAUCCAUCUGAGAAUUCAUCUUCGGAGCCAUCAUGGAACACAAAAUGGGGAGGUAUCUUGAGGAUAGAAACUGUGAUGAGAAUUCCAGUCCUUUGCCCCUUCACUGUGAUAAAGGCCAAUUCCAUUCCAGUCAUAGUU